AUGGGCGUCAACGAUGGGAGAAAACACCAAAGUCCUCUGGGUCAGAUUUAUCAGAUUCUGGUUUUAGCAUGCUCUGACAUCAACUUAGAGGAUCUUUACAUACACUACACGCAAAGAUCGAGCCAUUCUUUUGAUAUCUUUUCUAGCAUCGGUUUGCCCCACCUGUUGCAAAGCUUCGCCACUAUGGCAGCGAAGUCUUCUUCACAGCAAAAUACCUCCUCUGCCUUUAUGAAGAUUAUAAAUCAAUAUGUCUUAUACAUACUUUACCUUUUCCUCGGGCGCUUCAUUUUAGCGUACAUUGCAAUUCUCGGGUUUCGAACAAUCAGCCUCCGCAUCUCGGCCAAUAUUCGUCUUUGUUAUCUCGAAGCACUUCUUCAGCAGCCUAUCUCAACUCUUGACGCACUACCGCCAGGCCAAACUACAGCUAUCAUCACAUCCACAGCAAAUACUCUUCAACUAGGUAUAUCCGAACGGCUCUCGUCCUUGGUACAGGCAAUGACCGUGAUUACUGUUGCAAUCGUCAUUGGCUGUAUUUUUAGCUGGGAACUAAUGCUUGUAACGGCAAGCGGAGUUGUAGCAAUUGUCUGUUGGUAUCAUUUUAUUACUCCACGUGUCGUAAAAAGAUACGGAAUGAUUCAAGAAGUUGAGAGAGAAGCGGCAGGAGCUGCGGCCGAGACGCUGUUAGGUAUUAAAAUGAUAGCAGCAUGCGGGGCAGAAGAUAAGUUCAUCAAGAGAUACCACGAAAUCGUUCAACGUAUCACACUCAUGAGCAAGGGCUUAUCGCCGAUUCUAGCGGUGCAACAUGCUCCAGCCAAGCUCUACGCAACACCGCAUAGCGUGAGUGUCACUAAGUUGAUUGUCGUGCUCAUGUCAGCCAUGACAAUACUUGCUCAUAUUUCAGCGGUAUCAGUGCCAUUGGCUUCAGUAUAUAAUGCUAUACAUGCUGCAUCCAUAUUCUUCACAAUCGUCGAUGCGCCUAAGCCAUGCAGCGCCGGAUCAAAAGAAGAGAAUAUAAUUGCAGGCGCUGACCUAACCUUGACGAAUGUCAAUUUCGCGUAUCCUUCCCGGCAUGAUGUAAAGGUCUUAAAGGGCUUAACACUUACUAUUCCCGCCGGCAGAACUACAGCCAUUGUAGGUCCCAGUGGAUCGGGGAAGAGUACAGUUAUAGCACUUCUUCAACGUUGGUACGAACUUGACGAAGUUGAGCCUAUAGCAAGUUAUCUCCGCAGUGGCAGUAUCAAGAUUGGUAACACGAAUCUCAAUGAGAUCGAUCUACACUGGUGGCGUUCUCGAAUUGGCCUUGUCCAACAAGAAACCUGUCUAUUCAACGACACCAUCUACAAAAAUGUGGAACAUGGACUUGUCGGCACUCCCUGGGAAUUUGCACAAGAACACCUGAAGAGAAAUAUGAUUGAAAAGGCGUGCAGAGAGGCCUACGCUGACGAAUUCAUUCAAAAUCUACCAUCAGGCUACUCUACUGUGGUGGGAUCCAUGGGUCUUCAGUUCAGCGGCGGUCAACGGCAAAGAAUAGCUAUUGCCAGGGCAAUCGUUCGUCAGCCCAAGAUUUUGGUAUUUGAUGAAGCGACCAGCGCACUUGAUGUCAACAGUGAACGGAUUGUGCAAGCCGCACUUGAAAGUGCUGCAAGGUUCCGCACGACCAUCAUUAUUGCUCAUCGGUUGUCAACGAUCAGGAAUUCCCAUCAAAUUGUGGUUAUCGCAGACGGUAAAGUUGUACAAUCCGGUGACCACAGAAGCCUUGUGUCGGAAGAGGGCGGUGUGUAUAAGAAGCUAGUAAUUGCGCAACGUAUAGGCGAUUCGUCUGCCGAGAAAAUGCCAACUGAAAAUCCUUUUCUCAAAGGGAGCUCAUUAAAAGAGAAGGAAAGCUGCGAGACUAUAGUCGAGUCCGAAACUACGGCUGUCGAAGGAAUGGGUGAUGUGGUCAAAAUAAAGACAACGAGCAUAUUCGGAAGUUUCAUGAUGCUGUUGACAGAAAAUAAAGAUAACUGGAUAGGAUAUUUGAUCUUGGUAGUAGCUGCAAUGGGCGCGUCGGCUUGUAACCCCCUCCAGGCCUACCUGUUUGGUCGUCUGAUCUCUUCCUUCUCGUAUCCUAUAGCUCUGGUUCAUGGCUCAAUAGUCUUCAUGUGCCUAAUGCUCCUUGUGGUUGCAGUAGGCACUGGUCUGAGCUACUUCGUUAUUGGGUUUGUUUCCAACCUUGUUGCCGUGCGUACCGUUACUACCUAUCGAAGGGAGUACUUCAAGAAUAUGAUUACGAAGCGGGUGUCCUUUUUCGAUGAGCGCGCUCACUCGGUCGGCAUGCUCACCACACGAUUAGCCACUGACCCAGUACAACUACAGCAGCUAAUCGGUGCCAAUAUGGCAAUGGUGCUCAUAUCCGUGUUUGGGCUUGUUGGCUGCACGAUUAUUGCUGUGUUGUGUCACUGGAAGUACGGCCUUGUGGUUAUCAUAUCAUCGCUUCCGAUCAUCGUAGCGGGCGGUUGGUACCGGGUCCGGCAUGAAGUUCUCUUCGAAGCGGGAAAUGACAAAGUGUUUGCAGAAAGUGCUACUUAUGCUACGGAAGCGAUAGGCGCGAUGAGGACUGUGACAAGCUUGACGUUGGAGCAUACAAUCUGUGAAAGAUACGCGAAUCUUCUGUCAGAUCAUAUCCACGUGUCCUGGAAAGCUGCUCGCUUCUCGUGUGCCAUUUUUGCGGCAAGCGACAGUUUGGUGUUACUUUGCAUGGCUUUUGCAUUGUGGUACGGCGGAACACUUCUCUCGCGCCUUGAAAUUUCUGCCUUCAACUUCCUUGUCGUAUAUCUUGCGGUUAUCCAGGGCAGCUUAGCUGCUGGUCAGUGGUUAAGUUUUGGACCCAAUAUUGCGCAGGUCUCUGCGGCCGCACACCGUAUUCAACUUAUGCGCAUCAGUGAUGCCAAAAAUGAGAGCGAAAUCCUGGAGAGAUUCAAAAAUGCUCACCGCUGGUCUCUUCCGACAACUCUGUUGUGGCAAGGCGCGGAUAUCAAUUUCCACAAUAUUUGGUUCACAUACCCUACUCGGGAUACUCCGGUCUUGCAAGGGCUUUCCAUAAAUAUUCAUCAUGGACAAUUCGCUGCCAUCGUGGGAAGUUCCGGGUCUGGAAAGACAACAUUGAUUUCCUUACUAGAACGAUUCUACGAACCUGCGCGGGGUUCAAUCCUGUACAAUGGCGAGGAAAUCACUUCGAUCCCCUUAAAGGUGCUGCGUAGGCGUAUGAGCCUCGUCGCCCAGGAGCCUAAUUUGUUCCGUGGAACGAUACGGGAGAAUGUAUUGCUAGGCGUUGACAUUGAUGAUGAUGCUGCCAGCAUGGCUUCACUGCAGCAUGCAUGUCGUGCUGCAGGCAUACAUGAAUUCAUCAUGUCUUUGCCAGAUGGCUAUGAUACUAAUGUGGGAGCAAGUGGAGUAGCACUUUCAGGCGGCCAAAAGCAACGAAUUUCGAUCGCUCGAGCCCUAAUCCGCGACCCUGCAGUGUUACUGCUUGACGAAGCGACUAGCAGCUUAGAUUCUGAAUCGGAAAGAGAGGUUCAGGCUGUUUUGGAACAAAGUGGGCGAGGAAGGACCAUGAUCGUCGUUGCUCAUCGUCUCGCAACCGUUCAGGGUGCCGAUCUACGCACGAAGAUUAUCAAGGAUAAGAAAAAGGUGGCCAUUGAGACAACCCCCAAAGGACUUCCUGAAGUGCUACCGCUACUGAUUCGUUACAAAGCAACGAAGGAUUUAAAAGAACUAUCAUUGGAGAACGUCGCUUGUUCAAUCUAG